AUGCGCCGCGCCCCGCACCGCCUCCCGCGGGGGGUCCGGGCUCUGCCGGGGCGUCUGGAGGCGCCGCUUUCCCGUCGAACCGCUGUGAGGAUAGACGGGAGGCUCGGGGCCGGCUCGGCCAUGCGCUGGCUGCCCGCCUGCCUGGCGUGGCUCUGCGUGGCCGGCCCCGCGCUGCCCCGCGCCCUCGGGCUCUGCCCGGCGCCCCCCGGCCCCAACGCCUCCGCCCCCGAGCCGGGGCUCUGCCCGCGGCAGCGCGGGGUGCGGGACCUCAGCGCGUGGUCCCUCUCCUUGGAGACCCUCCUCGAUCCUUUUCCAGUUGACAUGGUCCAGGAGAAUUAUGUCCGUAAUGUGAGAAACUGCGUUUUUUCAAUUGUCUAUCCUACACCUUUUCAAUCUAGAGUUCGUCUUGUAGCUGUUUCAAAGGAAGUUCUUGAAAAUAUUUUGGAUCUUGAUAUAUCUGUCAAAGAAACAUCUGAUUUUCUUCAGUUUGUCAGUGGUGGGAAAGUGGUGUCUGGAUCUGUUCCACUUGCCCAUAGAUAUGGGGGUCAUCAGUUUGGUAGCUGGGCAGGUCAGCUGGGUGACGGAAGAGCCCACUUGGUCGGAAUAUAUACAAACAGGCAUGGUGAGAGGUGGGAGCUUCAGUUAAAGGGGUCAGGAAAGACCCCGUACUCCAGGAAAGGUGAUGGAAGAGCUGUGCUUCGCUCUUCUGUGCGAGAAUUUUUGUGUAGUGAGGCUAUGCACUAUCUUGGAAUUCCUACAAGCAGAGCUGCAAGCUUAGUUGUAAGUGAUGACAAUGUGUGGAGAGACCAGUUUUACAAUGGAAAUAUUAAGAAAGAAAGAGGUGCAAUAGUGCUACGACUUGCCAAAUCAUGGUUUCGUAUAGGAUCCUUAGAAAUUUUGGCGCAUUCUGGGGAACUGGACUUGCAAAGAAAAUUGCUAGACUUUAUCAUCCAGGAACAUUUUCCAUCAAUAGCCAUGAGUGAUUCAAAUAGAUAUCUCGAAUUUUUCUCUACAGUCGUAUCAGAGACUGCAAAUCUGAUUGCAUUGUGGAUGUCUGUGGGGUUUGCACAUGGUGUGUGCAAUACAGAUAACUUCAGUUUACUAUCCAUAACAAUAGAUUACGGUCCAUUUGGAUUUAUGGAAUCCUAUGAUCCAAAUUUUGUUCCAAACACAUCUGAUGAUGAAAGGAGGUAUAAAAUAGGAAACCAGGCAAAUGUUGGGCUAUUUAAUCUAAGCAAGCUGUUACAAGCUCUAAAACCUUUAUUGGAUCCCAGGCAAAAGCAGCUAGCGUCCCAGAUUUUGGAGGGAUACGGUGAGCACUAUUACAGACGUUUCACAGAACUAUUCAAAACAAAACUGGGUCUUCUUGGGGACAAUGAGGAUGAUAACUAUUUGAUUGCUUUCCUCCUAAAACUUAUGGAAGAUACAAAGGCUGAUUUUACAAUGACAUUUCGGCAGCUCAGUGAAAUUACUGAAGACCAGCUAAAGGAUCUCCAUAUUUCUGAGGAGUUCUGGGCUCUCCAGGAUCUGGGUAAACACAAGCUAUUUUCAGAAUGGGUUACUAUGUACCUCUUGAGAUUAAAUCGUAACAAGGAUGAUUCAGACACCAAGAGAAGAACAAGAAUGACAGCUGUUAAUCCUAGAUACAUACUUAGGAAUUGGAUGGCAGAAUCAGCAGUGCAAAAAGCUAAUUUGAAUGAUUUUUCAGAGGUUCAUCUCCUACAGCAGAUUUUGCAGCAUCCCUUUCGGAGACAGCAGGCUGCAGAGGAAGCAGGCUACUCCUUGCGCCCUCCAGCUUGGGCUAAGGAUCUUAAAGUAAGCUGUUCAUCUUGAGACAAAGUUGAUCAAGCAAGAAAAAUGAUCAAAGUUGAAGCUAAGGCCUUCAAAUAGGAUUAAUGGCUCAAGCCACAGGAACUUCUCUCACUUACACUUUGUGGACUGGAAUCUGCUACUGCGCUAGACAAGACAAGGUCUUGAUGAACUUUAUAAGGUCUAAAGAUUAAAGAAAUGGACCACUACGUAUGGUUGCAUUAUCAAAUUACAUUGGCAGUUGUAACUCUGCCCUUCACAUUCAGCUGUACAUUGAAUCCCAGUAUUUAAGUUCUGCCAAACUGUCACACUUAACUUUGCCAAGUUCAUGGCUGAUCAGGUGAGUCUCAAUAAGUUUUAGUGGCUGGUCAAUUUUAAAUUCAUCUAAGCUAAUCGUACAGUAUUUUGAUGAAUGUUCUCCUUGCUGUUACACUCUGUUCAAAUGCAAUUGUAUUCUGAAGACAUAAAUGUUUCUAAGUCUUUUGCGGAGUUGAACAGAUGACCAUACAGAGGGACCUGGACAGACAGGAGAAGUGGGACAGUGCAAAUCUCAUGAGGUUCAACAAGGCCAAGUGUAAGGUCCUACACAUGGGUUGGGGCAAUCCGUGUUUUCAGUACACAGUGGGUGAUGAUGUGAUUGAGAGCGGCUCUGCAUAGAAGGACUUGGGGUGCUGGUCGAGGAGAAGCUCGACAUGAGCCAGCAAUGUGCGCUUGCAGCCCAGAAGGCCAACUGUAUCCUGGACUGCAUCAAAAGAAGCGUGGCCAGCCGGGUGAGGGUUUUGUGAUUGUGAUUCUGUUCAGUGAAAGUGAUUCUGCCCCUCUGUUCCUCUCUUGUGAGACCUCAUCUGGAAUACUGUGUCCAGUUCUGGAAUUCUCAACGUAAGAAGGAUAUGGAGCUGUUGGAACGGGUCCAGAGGAGGGCUACAAAGAUGAUCGGAGUGUUAGAGCACCUUCCCUACGAGGACAGGCUGAGAGAGUUGGGCUUGUUCAGCCUGGAGAAGAGAAGGCUCAGAGGAGAUCUUAUAGCAACCUUCCAGUACCUGAAGGGGGCCUACAGAAAAGCUGGGGAGGGGCUAUCCAUAAAGGCUUGUAGUAAUAGGAUGAGGGGAAAUGGGAAUAAACUGGUGAGGGGCAGAUUUAGACUGAACAUAAGGAAUUUCUUCACCAUGAGAGUGGUGAAGAAAUAGUGGGGUUCUAUCCCACUAGAACAGGUUGCCAAGGGAAGUUGUGGAUGCCCCAUCCCUGCAUGUGUUCAAGGCCAGGUUGGAUGAGGCCUUGGGCAACCUGAUCUAGUGGGAUGUCCCUGCCCAUGGCAGCGGGGUUGGAACUAGAUUAUCUUUAAGGUCCCUUCCAUCCCAAACUAUUCUAUGAUUCUAUGAUUAUCUUGUACUUAGACCUUGAUGCCUUUUCUCCUUUUGACCUUGUCUUGUCCCAGUAAACUGCCAACAAAGGUUUAAAGGAAAUUUAAUUAAAUAGUGAGCAAAGAUGCCUGUCUUGGAAGUGAUUUGCCAAAAAAAAAUUUUGGUGUCUUUUCUGGUGUCAGGUGCCAGCCCUGAUUCUUCUAAAGUGUAUUUUUGAUAGUAGUAGAAAGAUUGUGUAUGCAUUACUUUAAUGCCUCAGGAGAUCUUCACUGGUUGAACAUGGAAAAGGACUUUCUUGGAAGUAUCACACUACAUAUGUAGUAAGGUCAAUGUACUUUUGCACCCAGCCACCACAUGCUGUAAGGUACUAACAAAAAUCAUGUGGGGAAGGUGUUUAGAAUUAAUGGAAGCUGUAACAUAAAAUUCUUUUGAGUAAUAGAGAGGGACUAGCCUUUGAGCCCUGGGCGGUGUUAUUUAUUAUUGUUUGAUACUCCAAUUCCACAUCACAAAACUUACUGUGUAAUUAAGUCAAAAUUAAUAACCAAUCAGGUACAAUGUUAUGUUAAAAAAUGUACAGCAAAAAUUGCUUAUUUGGAGACUUUGCAACUUCUUCAAGUUACCUUGUUUCUUCCCCAAUCCAAAUGGAUUGUUUUAGAAUCUCCAAAUUUCUUGAGUGCCACUUGAUUCUGAAAUAAACUAUUAAGCAGUAUAAUUAGCAAUUCACAAAUCUAUUUCUAGAAAUAUAAUUAGUGGGGGGUGGGAAAUCGUAUUAUUAGAAAUCUUUCAGUGACUAAAAAAAUAUUUGAAUACUCUUACGUCUUAACUAUAACCAACACAAUUAUUUGGUUCCCCCUGAGAUACACAAAGACAGUUAUUAGAAUGAAAAUAGCAGUGUCAUAAUGUGAGCCACAACAUAAAUAUUUAAAUUUUCUGUUUUCUGAAAGUCAAGUCUAAAGUUUAAGCAACUUACACACAUCCAGCCUGGGAUAAAAUUCCUUGUGCAGGUAGUAAGUGGUCCUCUGCAACCAUUGGGAUUAGUAUUCAAGCUGUCAAUGUCUCCAGGUAAGAGGAUCGAGCAGCUGGGGGGCUGUUGUAGCCCUUCAGGAGUAGGUACACUUCCAAUCUUUUGGAACAGUGGUGUUAACGUAUCUUCUGUGAUGAUUACAAGCAGAAUAGCAUGUUGUGAUGAAAUGUGUGAACUGCAAUAUUACCACCCCCUGUGAAAUAAGUUACACUGCAAGUAAGUGACAAUAUGAAGGUAUUUGUACAUAAGGGUAAACACAGCAGACUGCAACUUUGGGUCUGAUUUCCAAUUAGGUAAAAGGGAAAAGCUCUAAUUAAUCUUGAACCAAGUAUCUGGUAUGUUUCUAUCUCACGGGAGCCAGACAUAGCUGCCUGUUCUUCUUUACCUCAUGGAAUAAUUGCAUACAUGCAAAACAUUUUUAUACUGCUUUUUUUCAAAGUGUUUUAGAAAUGUUAAAUCCUAUUAGUAACACUUGCAAGCGGACCUCUGCUUCACCAGUGGUCAGAGGUAAAGAAAGCCUCCAACAUCAAGACACAAAACCAGAACAUCCCAAACAGCAGGUAUUUUCCGAGUAGUGAUACGUACAUGCUACUCAUUGUGAGGGUUUUCACAGGUUCUUAAAAAACAUCUGGAAGGGUAAGCAAGCCCUGGAAACUGGUUUCAUGUAUUCCUCUGGCUGCAAAGAUUCUUAGGUUACCAGCUUCUCUUUUCCGAGAAUUCAUUCAUGGAUUCAGCCAUGUUCACUUCCUUGAUAUAUGGGAAAGCAAAUCUCCUUUCCCCCUAUCCCCACCAGUUUUACCAUGUGGUUUAUGUAACCUGUUUUUAGUAAUCUUGAGUGUUCUUAUUUCACAAUAGUCAGUAGUGACUGUUAAUGGCAAUCACACUGCCUUAGCAUACCCUACGAGACCAUAAGAACUCAUAAGUCUUGAUGAUUCUGAAUCUCUUCUGUUCUGCAUGUGUCCCUCACACAGAAUAUCCACCUUGCCCAGCUACUGUGAAGCUGUCAGUGACAUCCCAUAAAUAAUAGUUCUCCUCUAGUUAUGCCACACAAUCCAUUUAAGUUUCUACUUGCCCACUCUCAAAGUGCCUGACAAGUGCAUGAAAAACACGCGAAGAAUACAGUUAUCUCACCGCUACCUUUUAGCUAUGUUUUGUAAAUGUAGAGAAACGAGCCCACAUCAUGCUCAGCAUUCUGUACCGCCUCCCUUUCCUCUUCUAGAUUUUAAUCAUUACGGUUUACCAUGGCAACAUAAACAUUAAUACUGUAUUUCACAGUAUAUUUCCCAAAAUCCUUGGCUCCCACCUGCAGUUCCGGAUCUCUCUUGUCCUUCACGUUACAUAAACAUAGCAGUAAUGCAAGAGCAGAUGGGGAGUAAAAAUACUGGUAACCAAACAGGUUACCAUUUAUUUGAACUGCUGGCCUCCUCCUGCAGCGGGGGACAGUUAUGAAGGGUCUGCAGUUGUGAUCCCCCACAUGUGGCCUUUUCCACAGGACUUUAACUCUUCUAAUCCUGAGGACUGAUGAAAAAGUGAUUGCUUGAAGUAGGCCUUUCUUCCGUAUCAGUCAUGUAAGAGCCCAGGAAAGACAACAGCUUCUGAGACUGCUUCCAUUUGAGGUAUGGCAAAAAGUUAGAAAUAACAUGCUACAAUUUCAGAUCUUUAUGGACUAAAGUAGUGUAAUCUUUAGUAAUGUACAUAUUACUGGGCUCUACAGACAAUUUCAUAUGGCAAUAGUUUAGACAGAGGCGUAAGGAUUAGUUUCUUUUUUUUACAAAUGCUUUGAUUUACAGCUUUAGGAAAGGAAGAUCUUUUUGUAUUUUGCAGCAUCCUUUUUGUACCAAAUAAAGCCAGAUAAUUGCAUAUCAUUAAGAUGUAGCUCCAUUGAAUGGAGUUUGAAUACUUACAUUUCAGAAAUUCAAUGCAACCACGUACAUGCACAGAAUAGCUGAUAGAGGUCUAAUCAUUUACAGCAUUUUAAUUGAUUAGUAGAGUUUUCUGUAGGCUCUGAUUCUUUUUGUUUUGAAAAAAGUUCAACUUUUGUGUAAGAUCUAAGAUUUAUGAUGGACUCCAGAUGUAAAAUUUAUAAAAUUGAGUUUAUUGUGCUGUAACAAAAGAGAAGGGAGGAAAUAGGGAAGGAGGCUGAGCAUUCUGGUGAGAAGAC